CCAAUUUUUGUUUGACGCCAGUCGCUCGCAGGCAGGUGCGUGGAGCGCGCGUGCGUUAAACAACUUUGUGCAACAGCUGAUUUUGGCGCCAACGCGAUCUUACACACGAUCAAGAAACAUAACCUAACAAAGUUUGUUAAUAAAUUCAAGUUUUACAUUAGCACUGUGUUAGUGUAAAGUGUACAAAGACUAAUGAAGAUGACAGUUAAUCGAAUAAGAGUUGUGGUGCUUGGCAGCGCUCGUUGCGGGAAAUCGGCCGUGGUGGUUCGUUACCUAACAAAGCGUUAUAUCGGCGAAUACAGCUCCACCGGCGAUUUCCUGUAUCAGCACAGAGUCGCAUUCGAUGGCGCGACAUCGGAAGUGGAGAUUUUAGAUACUUGUGGUUGCGCGAAGCGCGGCUGUUUAGCAGAACAUCUCCGAUGGGGUGACGCUUUCGCGAUAGUGUACUCCGUGUGCGACCGGCGGUCGUUCCUGGCAGCUGCAGAGCUCCUUGCCUUGCUGGAGCGAACUAGACUACCCGGUUGCACUGCUGUGACGUUGUUAGGAAAUAAGCGGGACUUGGAACAUGCGAGAGCCGUGAAAGCCGAGGAGGGUCAGGAGCUAUCGCUGCGGUUCGGGUGCCAGUUCUACGAGGUGUCGGCGGCGGAGUCGUGCGCGGGCGCGGCGCUCGGCUUCCACGCGCUGCUGCGCGAGGCGCGCGCGCUCGCGCUGCUGCUGCCCUCGCCCCGGCGCAAGCUCGCCGCCUAUUCUGUUUCUAAAGUAAUCGGCUCUAUCCUUGGGCUAAGCAACAAGAGCGUCCGAAAGAAACGUCCAUCCCUGAGCAUAUGAAGCAUUGGUUUGCGCUUCGCGGAUCUUGUUCACUCCUGGAGGAGUUUGUUGACCGUCUACGGCAGGCCUGUCUCGAUGGAGAGAUGACAAAAGAAUUUCUGGACAGAUGAGAUGUCAGCGAAACCAGAAUGCAUUGAUGCAAAACUCUGAUUGUACUUUCCAAUAACAGAUCUUAAUUGUUGGUUUCAAUUUUGUAACAAUCGAAUGAACAAAGUAUGAUGUGAGUUAAGUAUGUCUAGUUCUCAUAAAACUAGCUUUUGAAUUCGAAUGAACUUGUUUUUAUUUUAUUCAAUGUGAUAAUUUAUUUACUUACUUAAAUAUGAUUUAUAAAAGACAUUGGUUUGUGUGAUUUUUUGCAAUUGUUUACCGAUAUUUAUUUCAAUCUGAUAUUAAAGUAUUUAUUUAGAUAGCAUUAAUAUUAUUCUGGUAAGUUUAAAUAAACAUUUACAGAGGGUUUAUAUAUUUUUUUAAACCUACUCAAUUUUGUGGAUGUUUUUAAAUAUGUACACCGAUAUACGUUGUCAAAACAAGCGCGGGACAAAACGAUCUUAUCUGACUUUUAAACUUUUCGUUACCCGGUCAUGAUGAUUGCUUCAGCUAUUAUGGUAACUAUUACACACGUCGUAAACAACACAUUUAAAUCUAACAACAAACAAUAACAGUCGAUCUAGAAUUAGUUUUGUCUCUGAUUACCUCUGAAAGUUCUAACGGAUAUGGGGGUAAAGUUAAUACUAGUAGUACACAUGCGAAAACAUUUGAUAUGGGAAUUAGAUAAGGGAAACACCCCUAUAAUGGACAUGGCAUAAAUAGUGAAACGUAAACCACCAAUCAUAUAAAAUAAGUAUUUAACAUCAGUUUUUAAAUAACACUGGCAACCAGUUUACCACAACCAAGAAUUAUAGAGCUGCUUAAGAUUUCAUUAAUUUGCCCACGACUGGAGAAAAAACAUAGUUUUAAUUUGUUAAUUAUAUUGUAACCAAUUGCAGUAUUUUUUUAUUAAACGCGUUAAAAAACUAAUAGGACAUUCAACUUUAACUCGCUAAUCGGUAGGAAUUUUACAGGUUUCAGAGAAAUGAUUAAAAUACUCCAAGUUUUCUCUUAAAUGUAUCAUGAUGGUGCUGUAAAAUAGCAAGAGUCACUUUAACUAGAUACUCCUUGAUUUAUUGACAACUCCUUCAUUUUACUCCUUUUAAGUAUUUAACAUACUAUGCUACACUCGUACGUAAGUGAAGUAAGAGACGAAACUGAAGUAGAUGAACAAAAGUGAGUCAUUGUAGGAGAAAUUGUUGUACAUAAUUAAUUAUAGGUAUUUGUAUUAUUUUAAAUUCGUCGACAUGUUUACGUAUAUGGUUCCAACGUAUAAAAGUGCCUAAAAUACAUGUUAGAAAUAAGACUGUCCCUGGACCAUUAGUAUAAGUGUUAAUUGAUUGAUUGUAAAUUAAAUACCUAUUUAAAUUUAAGAGGUAAAUGUGCCAUGAUAUUUUCACUUGAUAUUAAGUAGGUAUCUUGUUUAAUAAAAUUAUUCAAAU